AUGCAACCAUAUACAUGCAAAUAUCAUGUAGGUGCUUGGGGUUGCUAUCGACACUCUUUCGGCAAGACUGGACCGGGUGCCCAGGCUUGCUAUGAUAAACAAGGCAAUUGGAUAGCUGAUCCAUGGAAAGGUGCUGGAACACUCGACGCUGAAACAGCGUCGGGUUCGCUAAUUCAAACACAGAAACAUUACUAUGCCGAUGUUCUACCCUACGAUAAUUGCUGUAAAGGAGCCGAUCUACCACAACCGAGGACAUGCAAUAUGUAUUUUGAAAAGCGACCACCAGGUGCCUGUGUACAGAAGCCAACUCUCUAA